UUGGGCUAACUCCUCACUGCGGUGCUGCUCCUCAGCCAGCCCCCGCGCACAGCCCUCCCCGCACCAGCUCAGCUGCGGAGCUCGGGUCCGCCGCCCACGCCGCCUUCCAACCGCAGUGCGCGGCCCGGGCCUCAGACGCGCGUGCGCGCGAGUCGGGGAGGGCGGGCCACAGGCGGAGGAGGCGGAACAGGGCCUCGCGAUGUGCAGCCCAUUGGCUCUCUUCUGCAGUCCCCGCCCCCGGGUGUUCGAGGCGGCGGGGCGGGCCACGUCAGGCAGCCGGCGCUGGGCUGAGCUUGUGGCAGAAGGGAGAAGCUGCAUACAUACAUGUAAGAGAAGCAAAAAUGUCAGAUGAUAUCAGGAAAAGGUUUGAAUUUCCAAAUUCUCUUAUCCAAUCACAGGCUGUGGGUCAUCUUAUUGCUGCAGUCCUAAAGGAAAAUGGUUUUUCAGAAAAGAUUCACCAAUCUACAAAUCAGACUCCUGCUUUGAACUUGCUGUGGGAGAAGUGUUGCAGUGACAAUGUAGUGGUUCGAACAGCCUGCUGUGAAGGUCUGGUGGCACUCGUUGCUCAGGAUCAUGCGGAGUUCAGCUAUGUUCUCAAUGGGAUACUCAAUCUGAUUCCAUCAACCAGAAAUACACAUGGCUUGAUAAAAGCCAUUAUGAAAUUACUACAAAUGCAAGCUCUUAAGGAAGGACAAGGUGGGGAAAGGAAUAUUCAGAAUAUAUAUACCAUUAGAAAUCAUCCUCAUCCUUUGAUCACUGUGCUUGAACACAGACCUGAUUGCUGGCCAGUAUUUUUACAGCAGCUGACAGCGUUUUUCCAGCAGUGCCCUGAAAGGUCAGAAGUUUCAUGCAUUCAAAUAAUGGCACCAUUUCUGUGGUAUCUGUAUUGUGAACCAUCUCAGUUACAAGAAUAUGCUAAACUCCGACUAGCCCUGCUGAAAGUCUUACUUCAACCCCAGGUUCUUUGUGACAAAGAUCAACCAUCAAUACUGGAACAGCAGAUACUUCAACUGUGUUGUGACAUGGUUCCAUGUUUGCAGAUAAAAGAUUUGAUACAGACAACAGAAGCGAUGAUGUUUAUUGAGGAAGUAUAUUUAAGCCUUUUGCGUCAUCCUGUUUUCUGGAAAAUUCAGCUUACCCAGAUGACUCUUCAGCUGCUGUGUGUCUGUGAAGUCAGCUUAAAGAUAACUGGCGAAUGUUCAUCUUUAAUUCACCUUUUAGAGCACUGUGUUGAACUUCUGAAGGAGGAUUUUCCUGUUGAACUGAUCAUAAUUGGAAUAGCUUUACUACUUCUACAGACUCCAGCAAGUCAGCAGAAGCCAAUCUUAAAUCUAGCUUUGAAGCUCCUCUCUGUUACUGAGGAUCAGAAAAUCCCAAAGUCCUCUCUGCUGUUAGUGAUGCCAAUUCUGCAGAUACUAUCUUCUACUGCCUUGGAAGACUGUAUAUCUAUGGAUGAAGAAGGUCCCUCUAGGCAGCAGUUGGCUCUAAACCUUUUGGAAAUGAUACAGCAGGAAUGUUACAGAGAUGACCACCAAAAGCUCUCCUACAAGCUUGCGUGCCCUGUAACCAGUAUGUAUGGUUCAAUAUUUACAGCCUGGACGAUUCUUGAAGUAAUGAGAGACUCGUCUGCUGCAAAUGACUGGUUGGCUUCAGUAGAGUCAUUGCUUCCUAUUACUACUGUGAUCCCUGUGCCUGCUUUUCUUCUGCUGGCUCACCUCCUUGUUGAAGACAAAGGACAGAAUCUUCACCAAAUACUGAAGGUCACUACAGAAUUAGCCCAAGCAGAUUCCUCCCAGGUGCCAAAUCUGAUUCCAGUUUUGAUGUUCAAAUUGGGAAGACCACUGGAACCUAUAUUAUAUAAUGAUAUAUUGUAUAGUUUACCUAAACUUGGUGUUCACAAGGUGUGUGUAGGACAAAUUCUACGAGUAAUACAACUACUUGGAACCACCCCACGACUAAGAGCUGUCACUUUGCGUUUGCUGACAUCAUUGUGGGAAAAGCAGGACCGAGUCUAUCCUGAACUGCAGCGUUUCAUGGCUAUGUCUGAUGUACCUUCUCUUUCGGUGGGCAAGGAAGUCCAAUGGGAGAAACUGAUUGCAAAAGCAGCAUCAAUCAGAGAUAUAUGUAAGCAGAGGCCAUAUCAACAUGGUGCAGAUAUGUUGGCAGCUAUUUCUCAGGUGUUGAAUGAAUGCACCAAGCCUGAUCAAGCUACUCCAGCAGCCUUGGUAUUACAAGGUCUUCAUGCACUCUGUCAAGCUGAGGUUGUUUGCAUUCGCUCUACUUGGAAUGCUCUCUCUCCAAAGCUAAGUUGUGACACAAGACCUCUCAUUCUGAAGACACUGAGUGAACUAUUUUCUCUGGUUCCUUCUUUAACAGUCAAUACAACUGAAUAUGAGAAUUUUAAAGUUCAAGUCCUCAGCUUUCUCUGGACUCAUACUCAAAACAAGGACCCAAUUGUAGCAAAUGCUGCGUAUAGAUCCCUGUCCAACUUUAGUGCAGGAGAACACACCAUUCUUCAUCUGCCUGAAAAGAUAAGACCAGAAAUUCCCAUUCCUGAAGAGUUGGAUGACGAUGAAGAUGAUGAGGAUGUGGAUCUUUCAGUUCCUGGCUCUUGCUAUCUCAAACUGUUGUCACUCACCCCCUCUUUGGUUUUACCAGCUUUGGAGGAAUUCUUUACAUCACUUGUGAAGCAAGAAAUGGUGAAUAUGCCUCGUGGGAUAUACCACUCUGCAUUAAAAGGAGGUGCCCGCUCAGACCAAGGAAAGACUGUAGCAGGAAUCCCCAAUUUUAUAUUGAAAAUGUAUGAAACAAACAAGCAACCAGGAUUGAAACCUGGCCUUGCAGGUGGUAUGUUAUUUUGCUACGAUGUUUCCAUGUAUCAGAGUAAAGAUGGAAAACCAUUGAAUAGACUGAUGGCCAGUAGAGGGCGAAGUUUCAAGCAGACUUCACUUGCUCUUGUGCAUGAGGGAAGACUAGGAGAGCUGGAGUUGCAGUUAAAACAUGGAAAAGAAGAACCUGAGGAGGUGCAGUACAAAAAGAGCACAGCCUGGCUCUGGGUUAGAGACAUGCUGACUGAUGAGAUCACCAAGGCAGCUGCAAAGGAGAGUCCGGUAGUGAAAGGCAAUGCACUGUUAGCUCUAAGCAGCCUUGCUGUCGUCGUGUCUAGACAUGAAGCCAGCCUCUCCUCAGACUCUGACGGGCUCCUGGAGGUUAGUUGGGGUAAUUUAAACAAUUGGGCUUUGAACCUCAAUGCCGAAGGUCUUCUCUGUAUAUUGUGUGUGCCUCUGUCCUCCUGCCCUUGGGAAGAUCGGAAGUCCUAUUCUGGUGAAAACACAGCUAGUGCCAUUGCCCGUUCUGCUGCCGCCACGGCUUUGUCUCUCCUUGUGCCAGUUUUCAUUAUCUCUUGCAAAGAGAAGGUUGAGGAAGUCCUGAACAUGCUGACUGCCAGGUUACCUGGGAAACCAAGUGCUGAUGAGUCUCAAGCCGUGCAAAUCCACAUGGGCCUUGCUUUAGGGAUGUUUCUCUCUCGCUUGUGUGAAGAGAAACUCAGUGAUAUAUCUGGCCAAGAGAUGAACCUUCUUCUGAUGAAGUCUUUGGAUGCCCUGGAAAAUUGCUGCUUUGACACUAGCCUUGAAUACAACACGGGCUGUAUAUUGGGAGUUGGACUUGUUCUGUCCCUCAUGAGCCACAGCAGCCAAAUGCAGUCCCGCGUUCAUGUGGCAGCAUCGCUUCGGAAGCUGUCUGCGUACCUAGAUGACAGUGGGAGCCAGAGCAGAACAUUUCAGGAGGUCCUUGCCUACACACUUAGCUGUGUAUGUACAUCAGCGUUCAGUGCUGGAAUUAUUGAGGCUGCAGAGGCUGAGGAUGUUAUGAACAAGCUUCGACUGUUAGUGGAGAAUAGCCAGCAGACUUCAGGUUUUGCCCUGGCUUUAGGAAACAUAGUUCAUGGAUUGUCUGUGUGUGGACAUGGAAAAGCUGAAGACUUGGGCAGCAAGCUACUUCCUGCCUGGAUCAGAAUUGUUCUUACAGAGGGCACUCCCACAAUGCUUUGUCUGGCAGCUCUUCACGGCAUGGUGGCCUUGGUAGGCUCUGAAGGGGAUGUAAUGCAGCUGAAAUCAGAAGCCAUCCAGACCUCUCAUUUUCAAGGCAGACUUAAUGAAGUCAUUAGAACCUUAACUCAGGUCAUUAGUGUCUCUGGGGUGAUUGGUCUCCAGUCAAAUGCAAUCUGGCUUCUUGGACAUCUUCAUCUAUCUACUCUAUCCUCAAGUCAAAGUAGAGCCUCUGUUCCUACUGACUAUAGCUAUUUGCCUGAAAGCAGUUUUAUUGGAGCAGCCAUUGGCUUCUUCAUCACAGGAGGAAAAAAAGGUCCUGAAUCUGUUCCUCCUUCUCUUCUUAAAUUAGUGAUGAAACCCAUAGCAACUGUUGGAGAAAGCUACCAAUAUCCUCCUGUGAACUGGGCUGCACUUCUCUCUCCACUUAUGAGGCUAAAUUUUGGUGAAGAGAUUCAGCAACUGUGCCUUGAAAUUAUGGUGACCCAGGCACAGUCAUCCCAGAAUGCAGCUGCACUAUUGGGCUUGUGGGUGACGCCACCACUGAUCCACAGUCUGAGUCUGAAUACCAAAAGAUAUCUCCUGAUAUCUGUACCUCUGUGGAUAAAACACAUCUCUGAUGAACAGAUCCUGGGUUUUGUUGAAAAUUUAAUGGUGGCAGUUUUUAAAGCAGCUUCCCCACUUGGAAAUCCUGAGCUAUGCCCUAGUGCCUUACAGGGUCUGAGCCAGGCCAUGAAACUGCCCAGCCCUGCCCACCACCUCUGGAGUCUGCUCUCUGAAGCUACUGGGAAAAUUUUUGACCUCCUGCCAAAUAAGAUUCGGAGAAAGGAUCUAGAGCUGUAUAUCAGCAUAGCAAAAUGCCUCUUAGAAAUGACAGAUGAUGAUGCCAAUCGGAUCGCCCAGGUUACUAAGAGCAACAUAGAAAAGGCUGCCUUUGUCAAACUGUACUUAGUCUCUCAAGGACGAUUCCCCCUGAUGAACCUGACCGAUAUGCUGAGUGUUGCUGUGCAGCACCGUGAGAAAGAGGUGCUGGCCUGGAUGAUUCUGCACAGCUUAUACCAGGCACGGAUUGUGAGCCAUGCCAACACGGGCGUUUUGAAGAGAAUGGAGUGGCUCUUGGAACUGAUGGGUUAUAUUAGAAAUGUUGCUUACCAGUCAACAUCCUUUCAGAAUAUGGCUCUUGAUGAGGCUUUGGACUUCUUCUUGCUGAUAUUUGCAACCGCAGUGGUUGCAUGGGCCGACCACGCUGCCCCUCUCCUCCUCGGUCUCAGUGCCAGUUGGUUGCCAUGGCAUCAGGAGAAUGGCCCGGCUGGGCCAGUACCAAGCUUCCUUGGCAGGAGUCCAAUGCACAGGGUCACUCUGCAGGAAGUUCUCACUCUGCUUCCCAAUAGCAUGGCUCUGCUGCUGCAGAAAGAGCCAUGGAAGGAACAGACCCAGAAGUUCAUUGACUGGCUAUUCAGCAUCAUGGAAAGCCCUAAAGAAGCCCUCUCAGCAAAGUCCAGGGAUCUUUUGAAAGCCACCCUGCUGUCCUUGAGAGUUCUCCCAGAGUUUAAGAAGAAAGCUGUAUGGACCAGAGCAUAUGGUUGGUGAACAGUUUUACAGUAACCAGCAGCAUUCUCAGCUGGAUGAGGAAAACUAUAUAAGUGGAAGAAGUUUUUCAGAAUUCAUGCCUGGGAUUGCUGAGACAUGAUGCAGAGAGUUCAAGGUCAUGAAAAGGUGGCCACAUCACUGACAGCUUGACACAUGUCUCCUAAGAGAGGAGUGCAUUGCUUUAGUACCUGGGCCAGUUGAGACUGAAACAGGAACUUGGAUUUUCUUUAUUUGGCUAGAGUUCAAUGUGGAGAUUUUCUCUGUGAAAACUUGAAUAGAUUAUCUUCUCCCUGCUAAAUUCCAGUAAAAUAAUCUUGUCAAUUU